UGAAGAGGAAGGCUGUAGGUUCGCUUGAAUCUCCAACAAGAGAAAUAAAAAUGCCUAAAAUAUCAGUGGAAAAAGAGAAAAAAUACGACAGACAACUAAGACUUUGGGGUGACCAUGGACAAUUGGCUCUUGAAAAGGCAAAAAUUUGUCUAAUCAAUGCUUCUGCAACAGGAACAGAAAUACUAAAGAACUUAAUUUUACCAGGAAUGGGGUCGUUCACAAUUAUUGAUGGUAAUAAAGUGUCAGGAGAAAAUAUCGGCAACAAUUUUUUCUUAGAAAAAGACAGUUUAGGAAAGUCCAGAGCAGAGUGUGCUACUGAAUUUCUCUUAGAAUUAAAUGCUGAUGUUUCAGGAGACUUUAUAGAAGAGGCUCCUGAAAGACUCUUAGAAAAUAACAAAGAAUUCUUCAAAUCAUUUGCUGUUGUUAUAGCAACACAACUCCAUAGAAGUGUCCUCUUGAAACUUGCAGAGGUUCUCUGGAUGUAUGAUGUUCCCCUAUUAGUGUGUAGAUCAUAUGGAUUUAUUGGUUACAUGAGGCUAGUUGUUCGAGAACACACAGUUGUAGAGUCACACCCUGACAGUGCUCAUGAAGAUCUUCGUCUGGACAGACCAUUUAGGGGUUUGAAGGAUUAUGUGGAUGGACUUGAUUUUGAUGCAAUGAGCAAAGAGGAGCACACUCAUGUUCCCUGUAUAGCAAUUCUUUUAAAAUACCUUACAAAGUGGAAAAUGGAGCAUGAUAAUCUACCACCUCAAAACUAUAAAGAAAAAGAUUUAUUCAAGAAAAUGAUCAGACAAGGAAUACGAGUAAGACAACAUGGGAUUCCAGAGGAAGAGGAAAAUUUUGAUGAAGCAAUCAAAUCUGUUAACAAAGCAUUUGUUCCAACAAAAAUUCCAAGUGAAGUGACUAAGAUAUUCCAAGAAGCGGACUGUUCUACCAAGAUAAUAGACUCAAGUUCAUCAUUUUGGAUAUUAGCAAGAGCAGUAAAAGAAUUUGUUGAAAAUGAAGGACAAGGAGCAUUACCUCUACGUGGAUCAAUACCUGACAUGACAGCUGAUUCUAAAAGUUACAUUUUUCUUCAAAACAUUUAUCAAGAGCAAGCGAAGCAAGAUGUGGCAGCUGUCACUCAAAGAGUCCACAGUAUAUUGUCAUCAAUAGGAAAGUCUGCAGACAGUAUACCAGAAAAUGAAAUCAAGAUAUUUUGUAGAAAUGCGUAUUUCCUGCAAGUUGUUAGAUGUAGAUCUUUAGCAGAAGAGUACAACCCAUCUACAGCGAACACCACUGAAAUAGGCUCCAACCUUGAAGACCCUGAUAGUGAUGUAGUCUUCUAUGUUCUCAUGAGAGCUGUUGAUCAGUUUUACAGUCAAUAUCACAGAUUUCCUGGUCAUUUUGAUGAUCAGGUUGAAGCUGAUGUUGUCAAGCUUAGAUCUUGUGUUAGUGCACUUUUACAAGAAUGGACACUCGCUACCAACAUUAAAUCUGAAUAUAUCCAUGAAAUGUGUAGAUAUGGUGCAUCUGAGAUUCAUCCUAUUGCUGCUUUUAUUGGAGGGGCCGGUGCUCAGGAGGUAGUCAAGCUUAUAACACGCCAGUUUGUACCUUUCAAUAACACUUUUAUUUACAACGGAAUGACAGGCUCGUCUAAGACAUUACAACUGUAAUAGACAAAGAUUACCAGUUGGUAUUAUACUCUUGGACUGUCAAUGUACCUUGCAAUAACACCUUUAUUUACAACGGAACUUAACAAGUUCAUCUCACAAAGACUGCUACCCCGGCACUAGUUUUUUGGUUGACGUAAGCCAAAGCUCCAGUCUGUUCUAGAGGCCGCAAAAACCGUGAACAACACUCAUAAACCCGGCUUCAAUAUGAAUCACUUCUCGUAGUCCUCUUYUGUAACAUUUCCCCCCCUUUAUUCUAUGCUUUUCUUUUUCUAUAAUCUGUAAAUAAACUUUUACAUUUUAGGAAA